UGUUUCUCCCUCCAUUUUUUCUCGCGGCCAGAGCUAGGGCAGAUCGAGCGAUCAGUCGGUGCGCGUGGAUGCGGUGGCGCGAGGGAUCUCUGCCAGCAGCGCCGUCGCGCGCGUGAGGGAAUUCGAGGUUUUAGGUUGCUUCUCAUGAGCGCCGGCGGAUGAUCGGAAAGAGGGGGAAGUGGGCGAUUCACGUCUCCCAUUUUCCUCCGGCGCUUGGGAUUUGUGUCGCUUAUGGCAGGAGAUGUAGUGCAUUCUUGCCUAGCACUAGACAAGUUUUCGAUUCCAGCAGCUGACUGACAAGGGUCUGGCGAAAAAAUGCCAGGAAACAUACGUGUUGCUGUUUUGGAAGCGAUCGACUUGCCUUCCACUGUCACAGAUGGGAAGUCUGUCGCUGUGAAAGUUUCUGUUGGAAGGCGAGAGUUUCAAACAUCGUCUGUAGAGCCACAAGAUGGUCGAACGCAGCCUUGGAACUUGGAGUAUCUGUUUCCUGUGCUUAAUCUCCGGGACAACCUUCUGGUUUCUUUAUUGGAUAGCAAAGGAGAUGUCGUUGCUAGAGCUGAACUCGAGACGCCUGGAAUUGUACAGAAAGGCUUUCAGGAUUCGUUCAUUGCUUUAAAAGCCGGUGGUCGCAUACACGUAAAAGUCAGCUUCGUGCUAUCGGAGGAGGAGCGAAGAAAAAUCGAAGCAAUGAGAUUGGCAGCCACGAAGAAACGGAAAGGACUCGGUCAGUCGUUCAAGUCUCGCCGAGCACCUGUCUCUAACGUUAAGAUCACUGAAAUCAGUUCCGAGGAGGCCGAAAACUUGGAUACUGUUCCACAAGAGAUUUCCAAAGCGGGUACUCGCAGUGGUCUGCCCGACGACGAAGAUGCUUCUGGCCGUGGAACGGAAAAGGUUGAGGAAUUAUCACGGAAACAUUCUGGUCCAAAACCCGAGCUGGCAACUACCUUGAAGCCGGAUCUUCCUCCUAAACAUUGCGAUGUAACAGCUCCCACUGCUACUGACACUGCAACUCCAGCAUCAAAUCCCGCUGCGGCUGAGGCUAAUUCUGAUAGUAGCAGGCGCAAGAAUUUCAACUGGCUGUCUAGAAGACAACACGAGAACAGGGCAGAGUCUGGUGUGGAGAAAGCUGAAGAUAGUAAGUGGCUGGAGGACUUGAAGCUGAAGAGUAAGAUCGACAAAUCUACGUCUGCCAAAGCAGCUAAAGCAGACGAGUGGAUAAAAAAUCUAGACCGAUCGAGUGAGAAGGCCGGAUCCUGUAAACAGGAAGGCUUGAGAUCGAAGACGCACUCGCAAGAGGAAGGGAAGUUUCGCGAUCAAGUGAAACACUCGCAGAAAACAGUCAAACAGAAGCUUGAGGAUUGGCGAGCCAAGGAGCUGGGACCUUGGAGGCGUACCUCCAAGGUCAGGCAUGCAAGUCCUCCGGGAUCAGAGCAUGGUACAAGGUGGUCACUAAAACACGGGAGGAAGCACAGAAUUGAGAGAGAACUUUCGGCGGCUCAACAUCCAGAACUGAUGGCUGCAACGGACAAACCCCUGGAACAAGAGAGUUCGAGCUCGGGCAGUUCCUCUCCUUCAUCUUCUCCGGCAAACCAUAGGAAGGUGUCCGGGGGUGUAAAGAACUUCGUGAAGCAGGUGUAUCAAUUUUUCUCACUUCUUCCCAUCUUAUGCGCUGGUCCCUCGCAGGUCCUGAGUGGAGCAGCUGUUGUAGCUGGUGCCAUCGUUGUGUGGCCAAGAAGAGGAUCCUCCAAAAUCAAAGAAAGGUAUCACAUUGUGCAAAAGGGAGAAACUUUGAGCAGCAUCGUUCCCGAUGAAUGGGAGGACCCCGACUCCAAUUUCUAUCGUCUGAAUCCUCAGAUUCGCGACAAACAUGUUAUCUAUCCCGGUCAACGAAUCCGGCUAAGCUAGAAGCGAGCUAGAGUUCUGCGUGCUGCGUUAUCGGCUGUCGGUAACGUCUAGAAAGGUUGUUGGUUUGUUGCUCUUGACCUUCCAGUGAGGAGGAAGGUGGAGGCUCUCUGACGGUAAAUUCGUGUAAAAUAAUUUCCCACUUCUCGCC